CCGGAGCCGGGGUCGCGCAUGCGCCGCGCUGCCUCAUCCGGGCGCCGAUACCUGAAUGCUGAGGCGCGAGCUAGCGGAGAUGAACCCUUUAACUAAGGUGAAGCUGAUCAACGAGCUGAAUGAACGAGAGGUCCAGCUUGGGGUGGCCGAUAAGGUGUCCUGGCACUCCGAGUACAAGGACAGCGCCUGGAUCUUCCUGGGAGGGCUUCCUUAUGAACUGACUGAAGGAGACAUCAUCUGUGUGUUCUCACAAUAUGGGGAGAUUGUUAACAUUAAUCUCGUGCGGGACAAGAAGACUGGGAAGUCCAAAGGAUUUUGUUUUCUCUGCUAUGAAGACCAGAGGAGCACAAUUCUGGCCGUUGACAAUUUUAAUGGGAUCAAGAUCAAAGGAAGAACUAUCCGAGUGGAUCAUGUGUCUAACUAUCGGGCUCCUAAGGACUCAGAAGAAAUGGAUGAUGUGACCAGAGAGCUCCAGGAGAAGGGCUGUGGGGCUCGCACCCCCUCACCAAGUUUGUCUAAGAGCUCUGAAGAUGAAAAACCAACAAAAAAGCACAAAAAGGACAAAAAGGAAAAGAAGAAAAGAAAGAAAGAAAAAGAGAAAACUGACCGGGAGAUACAGGCAGAGCAGCCGUCCUCUUCGUCACCCAGAAGUAAGACAGUAAAGAAAAAGGAUGACCCUGGCCCUAAGAGGCACAGCAGCAAGAACUCAGAAAGAGCUCAGAAGUCAGAACCCAGGGAGGGGCAGAAGCUCCCCAAGGCCAGGACUGCCUACUCUGGUGGAGCAGAGGAACUAGAGAGGGAACUGAAGAAGGAGAAACCCAAGCACGAGCACAAGUCCUCAAGCAAGAGGGAGGCAAGAGAAGAAAAGACCAGGGAUAGGGACAGACGGCGGAGCUCAGACACACAUUCUAGCCAGCACAACCGGCGUUCCGAAGGGCAUAGUCAUAGAAGUAGAAGUAGGAGCCGAGAUAAAUCCCAUAGGUAUAAAAGGUCCCGGCGCUCCCGGGAGCGGGAGUCUUCCAAUCCCAGUGACCGUAGGCGUCACUGAAGACUACUUGGCUGCUCAGUAGAUUUGGAAAUAAUUAUGUUUUUUAAAUGCAGUCAAAUUCAGUUGGGCUGUUACUAUUUUUGUAUCUAAAACUUCUGGGGCUGGAUUCUUUGACUCUCUUGAGUAUUAGAGUCAUUGAAAGGGCUGCAGUUUAAAUAGCUAGUUAUCCUGGAUAUUCUUAACAGCAUCUAUUGGCCCUUUACCAAUGUAUGUAUCCUGAAUUUUGGUUCAUAAAUAUGGCUCUUGAGCCCAUAGACCCCAGUUGAAGAUGGAAUUUUCAGGAAAGGGAAGAUACCAGAUAAUUCUAGAAAUCUAGUCUUUGUGUUUGAUGUUUAGAGCCCAGCAUCAUGGGACCUUUCCAGUUACUAGAUAUAGACAGCUUGAUGUGAAUGACUGGGAUACGAUUUCUAAGAUCAGCCAGGUCCAUCCCCAACCCUCCUGUUUAAAAAAUUUUUAAUAUCUUUUCUUUUUCAUUAAAACUUUUUGUUUGAUA